AUGCGGCGCACGGGUUUUCAAAGAAGUUUUGAUUAUGAAACAGGGACACAUCAUUACAUCCUUAUACCAAAUCAAAAUCAAACAGAAACAGGGACACAUCAUUACAUCCUUAUACCAAAUCAAAAUCAAACAGAAACAGAGACACAUUCAUUACAUCCUUAUACCAAAUCAAAUCAAACAGAAACAGGGACACAUCAUUACAUCCUUAUACCAAAUCAAAAUCAAACAGAAACAGGGACACAUUCAUUACAUCCUUAUACCAAAUCAAAUCAAACAGAAACAGGGACACAUCAUUACAUCCUUAUACCAAAUCAAAAUCAAACAGAAACAGAGACACAUUCAUUACAUCCUUAUACCAAAUCAAAUCAAACAGAAACAGGGACACAUCAUCACAUCCUUAUACCAAAUCAAAAUCAAACAGAAACAGAGACACAUUCAUUACAUCCUUAUACCAAAUCAAAAUCAAACAGAAACAGGGACACAUCAUUACAUCCUUAUACCAAAUCAAAAUCAAACAGAAACAGGGACACAUCAUUACAUCCUUAUACCAAAUCAAAAUCAAACAGAAACAGGGACACAUCAUUACAUCCUUAUACCAAAUCAAAAUCAAACAGGAACAGAGACACAUUCAUUACAUCCUUAUACCAAAUCAAAUCAAACAGAAACAGGGACACAUCAUUACAUCCUUAUACCAAAUCAAAAUCAAACAGAAACAGGGACACAUUCAUUACAUCCUUAUACCAAAUCAAAAUCAAACAGAAUAAAUUUCAUGCAGAAAUGAUCAACUACAAAACAAUAGAUGAAACAUGGCUUCUAGAAGCCUAUGUGCAAGAGACUAUGCUAAACAAUAGCUGCAAUGUCAUAAUAAAACUCUUACCAUAA